AUGACUCCGCGGCGCUCCUCCGGGGGCCCUCAGUGUGCGUUUGAGGAGAACAAAAAAGAGAGAGCCGAGCGGGGGAGCGAGCGAGGGAGACGAGCCGAGAGAAAGAGCCGCCGGGCGCUGCCUCGCCAGACCUCGCCGGGACCACGGGGCCACCGGGAGGCACUUUUUGUGGAGGGGGGAGGGGGGCGACCUCUGCAGCCGCAGCGUCCGGGGCGUCCGAGCGCAGCGUGGGGCGGGCUACGACCUCUGCCUCGGUGGAUUGCAUUUUUAAUUAAGGAUUCCCAGCAGCUCUUUGGGAUUUUUACAGUUUCCACUCAUGUGUUGACACCCGCGUUCUGGAGAAAUUCGCUCCAAGUGCAUCUAGCGCCUGGGACCUGAGACGGAGUUGGCUUUUCGUGCAUGCAAUUCCAGGGAUUUUGGUUUUGUUUCGGGUUUCUUUUUCUUUCUUUCCUUUUUUUCUUUUUCUUUUUUUCUUUCUGCAGGGAGUAAGAAGGAAGUCGAGGGUAUCAACAAGCCUGCCUUUCGGAUCCUGCAGGAAAAGCCCAUGUAGUGAAGUGCUUGGGUUUUAAAGGCAGGGCUUCCCAGACACAUUUGGGGGGUUCGGCGCGAGCGCUUUGUGCUCAUGGACCAGCCGCGUAACUUUUGAAGGCUCUCCGGCCCAUGCGGGGUCUUGCUGGCGGCGCGCAGUCUGCAGUCCCUCUGAAGCGCCGGGGCUGGAGUUACUGAGCUGCCCGGGCGCCGGGGUCCAUGUAGUCGCGGGCCGAGCGCGGACUGCGGCUCGGCGUGCGCGCGUUCCCCGCCGUCCUGCCCUGGCGAGCUCCCUCAUGUUGCAGCCCUGCGGCGCCCCUUCGACGACAGGCUGUGCGCGGUCUGCACGGCGCCCGGCGGCAGAGCUUCAUGUGGGGCUGCGGCUCGCGCAGCCGGCGCCUCGCUGAGGAAACGGACCCCCGGUAACCGGAGACCGCCUCCCCCCCACCCCCGGCGCCAAAGGAUAUCGUAUGUUCAGGUCCAAACGCUCGGGGCUGGUGCGGCGACUUUGGCGAAGUCGUGUGGUCCCCGACCGGGAGGAAGGCAGCGGCGGCGGCGGCGACGAGGAUGGGAGCGUGGGCAGCCGAGCUGAGCCGGCCCCGCGGGCACGAGAAGGCGGAGGCUGCGGCCGCCCCGAAGUCCGCCCGGUAGCCCUGAGGCGGCCCCGGGACGCGGUGGGACAGCGAGGCGCCCAGGGCGCUGGGAGGCGCCGGCGCGCAGGGGGCCCCCCGAGGCCCAUGUCGGAGCCGGGGGCCGGCUCUGGGGGCUCCCCGCUGGACGUGGCGGAGCCGGGAGGCCGGGGCUGGCUGCCCGAAAGUGAUUGCGAGACGGUGACCUGCUGUCUUUUCUCGGAGCGGGACGCCGCCGGCGCGCCCCGGGACGCCGGCGACCCCCUGGCCGGGGCGGCCCUGGAGCCGACGGGCGGCGGGCGGAGUCGUGAAGCCCGCUCGCGGCUGCUGCUGCUCGAGCAGGAGCUCAAGACGGUCACGUACUCGCUGCUGAAGCGGCUCAAGGAGCGCUCGCUGGACACGCUGCUGGAGGCGGUGGAGUCCCGCGGCGGCGUGCCGGGCGGCUGCGUGCUGGUGCCGCGCGCCGACCUCCGCCUGGGCGGCCAGCCCGCGCCGCCGCAGCUGCUGCUCGGCCGCCUCUUCCGCUGGCCCGACCUGCAGCACGCCGUGGAGCUCAAGCCCCUGUGCGGCUGCCACAGCUUCGCCGCCGCCGCCGACGGCCCCACCGUGUGCUGCAACCCCUACCACUUCAGCCGGCUCUGCGGGCCAGAAUCACCACCACCCCCCUACUCUCGGCUGUCUCCUCGCGACGAGUACAAGCCACUGGAUCUAUCUGAUUCCACAUUGUCUUACACUGAAACGGAGGCCACCAAUUCCCUCAUCACGGCUCCGGGUGAAUUCUCAGACGCCAGCAUGUCUCCGGAUGCCACCAAGCCGAGCCACUGGUGCAGCGUGGCCUACUGGGAGCACCGGACACGGGUGGGCCGCCUCUACGCGGUGUAUGACCAGGCCGUCAGCAUCUUCUACGACCUACCUCAGGGCAGCGGCUUCUGCCUGGGCCAGCUCAACCUGGAGCAGCGCAGUGAGUCGGUGCGGCGCACGCGCAGCAAGAUCGGCUUCGGCAUCCUGCUCAGCAAGGAGCCGGACGGCGUGUGGGCCUACAACCGCGGCGAGCACCCCAUCUUCGUCAACUCCCCCACGCUGGACGCGCCCGGCGGCCGCGCCCUGGUGGUCCGCAAGGUGCCCCCCGGCUACUCCAUCAAGGUGUUUGACUUCGAGCGCUCCGGCCUGCUCCAGCACGGGCCCGAGCCCGACGCCGCCGACGGCCCCUACGACCCCAACAGCGUCCGCAUCAGCUUCGCCAAGGGCUGGGGUCCCUGCUACUCCCGGCAGUUCAUCACCUCCUGCCCCUGCUGGCUUGAGAUCCUCCUCAACAACCACAGAUAGCGGCCCGCCACCCGCUCCGCCAACGGGGGCCCCGUGCCCAGAGACACAGCCCCCACGGACGACCCCCCCCAGAUAUCAUCUACCUAGAUUUAAUAUAAAGUUUUAUAUAUUAUAUGGAAAUAUAUAUUAUACUUGUAAUUAUGGAGUCAUUUUUACAAUGUAAUUAUUUAUGUAUGGUGCAAUGUGUGUAUAUGGACAAAACAAGAAAGACGCACUUUGGCUUAUAAUACAGAUAUAUUUUCUUUCUUCUCCUC